AUGGCAUUCUUUGGCUGGAGCUUCGCAUGUGGUGGUGGUGCAGUUCUCGCGGCUCAGUUCAUCACAGCCCUAGGUGUCCUGAUCAACGAGACGUACAACCCAUCAAGAUGGCAAGAUAUACCUCCUGCCAUCACUUUGUUUAUGAUGAUCUUUCUCAACGCCGCCGCGCUCUUCAUCUUCAUCACCCUGCUCGCCAAGACACACCACAAGGCCUCACCGAGAACUGUGUUCUUGGAUGUUCGCAAUGAAACAGGCUGGGACUCUAAUGUGGUGGUAUUCUUCCUGUGUAUCAUGCCCGGCAUUCUGACAAUAUGCCUCUUUGACACGGCCGCCCACAUGGCGGAGGAGCUGCCGCAGCCCGAGCGCCAAGUGCCCAUUGUUAUGCUCGCAAAUGCCGGUCUCGCCGUGGUGUCUGCCCUUAUCAUGGUCAUCUCGCUUAUAUUCUGCACCACACACCCGGAGAAUCUCACCACACCGCUCGCAGGUCACCCGAUGCUCCAGAUCUGCUGGGACGCCUGGCCAAACAAAGGCUUCGUCAUUGCCAUCUGCCUGAUUUACUGGGCGACGAUCCUCAAUGCCCAUACCGGCAUGCUUGCCGGCUGCAGCAGGCUAAUUUGGUACUUCACGAAACUGGGAUCCCUGCCCUGCAAAGCAUGGUUCUCACACGUGCACCCUACCCUCCACGUCCCCACCAACGCAGUCUACUUCUCGGCGGUCCUCGCCAUCCUGUUCUCCCUCCUCGUCUUCGGCCUGACCACCGUACUAAACGGCCUAUUCGGUAGCGCGACACUCUGCUUUUCACUCUCAUACGCUCUCCCAAUCAGCUUGACACUCGUGGACCGCGCUCCAUUACCGGCGCAGCGCUACUGCAAUAUUGGUGCGUUUGGUACCGUGGUCAACACGCUCGCCCUGAUCUGGAUUGUUAUCGCCAUGACUUUCGCCUCGUUCCCGACGUAUCUCCCCGUCACGUCGGAGACCAUGAAUUAUUUGGCCCCGUGCUUCUUUGGGAUAGUCCUUGCGCUGAGCCUGGGGAAUUGGGUACUUGUGAGGGAUUCGUAUCAGCCGCCGAAGGGAUUCUUGGUUCCUGGCUUAAUUCGGUCUCAAUAUGCGUGA